AUGGCCCUGAAGUCCCUGGUGAGCAACUUGGUUUCUGGUCAGCACAGCCACGAUGGGCACUCGACGUGCUUGUCAGAUGGUCACCAUGGACAUGCAUUUGGCCCUAUGGCAUCCAGCUUUACGGCCUUCUUUCCUGAUGCAGUGGCUCCUCAUCACUCUGAUCACUUCCUGCCAUCCAUCGCGCCAGAGACGGUGCACCAAGAUGACGCAGCUCACUUGGACCAGUUCGACCAGUCAUUGCUGGCGACGCGGCGCCCAAAGACCUACGUGAGCUUCCACAAGGAGGAAGGCGAAGAGAAGAAGGAAGGUGACGCAGCUCACUUGGACCAGUUCGACCAGUCAUUGCUGGCGACACGGCGCCCAAAGACCUACGUGAGCUUCCACAAGGAGGAAGGCGAAGAGAAGAAGGAAGGUGACGCAGCUCACUUGGACCAGUUCGACCAGUCAUUGCUGGCGACGCGGCGCCCAAAGACCUACGUGAGCUUCCACAAGGAGGAAGGCGAAGAGAAGAAGGAAGGAGUAAUCCAGUUCGCCUGUAGAAAGCGUUUGUGCAGUGCAAAUGGCCCUGAAGUCCUUGGUGCAACUUGGUUUCUGAUGGUCAGCACAGCCACGAUGGGCACUCGACGUGCUUGGCAGAUGGUCACCAUGGACAUGCAUUUGGCCCUAUGGCAUCCAGCUUUAAUGCAGUGGCUCCUCAUCACUCUGAUCACUUCCUGCGUGCCAGAGACGGUGCACCAAGGUGACGCAGCUCACUUGGACCUCGACCAGUCAUUGCUGGCGACACGGCGCCCAAAGAACGUGAGCUUCCACAAGGAGGAAGGCGAAGAGAAGAAGGAAGGAGAGUGA